AUGACACAGAUCCGCGUUGAUGGUAAAGGCAUCGGAAAAAUGCUAUCUUCUGAUAAUCAUGAAUCACACAUUACCCCGCUUGUUCUCUUCCUACCGUUGAAGUCUGUACACAGGGCACAACCCUGUGGCAAUGGUUUUCAAGUCUUAACAGUAUCACUUUUGGUUUACUUUAAUUUUGUUCUCCAUGCAAAACAUAUAGCCUUCAAAUGUUUUGUCCAAAACUUUAUGUAUUUAAAGAAGAAUUGCAGUUUGGAUACCCCCACCUCCCCUACGUUGUUCCGAUUGCGUUUACCAUUAUUCUUUAAAAAUAUGUUGUGUAUAAAGGGCUGGAUUGAAUCAAGCUUGGAUAAUAUUAUGGUCUAUGUAAAUGAUGCUGACGACACCCGCUCACCUGAUGAAAAUUUUACUGACAGCACAAAUAACUCACCAGGAAAAAAAAAAUAA